GUCAUAACGCGAGAGACUUUCGUUGUGAACGGACGUAUCAAAAGUUUUGUGCGUUCCAGAAGAAUAUUGACAAUAAUAAAUUGUUCAACACCGCAAAAAAAUUCAAAAAACAUAGAUUGCUGACUUUAGCAUGGGAACUUGGCGGACAUAGUACUACUAUAACUAGUUAAAAUACGUGUUGCAACAACAACACAGCGUGCGUGAUCUUGUAGCGUAACCUCCCCCUUCCCUUUGCCCUCUCACAACAAGCAGCUGUUGUGUUUGCUGUCUUUAAGCGCGUAAUAAUAAUCGUCGUCACUUAAACAGAAAUAGAAACGAGAACACAACGUUUCUCUCUAGUUUGUACAAUACAAUAAUUAAAUAAAUGUGCGCGUGUUAAAAAAGUUUCCAAAACGCAACAACAACAACAACAAGUGGAAAUACAACUACUACAACAACGGGAAGUGCUCGCGGUCGCUCAACAAGUGUGUUACAACAACAACAACAGCAACUGGGAUUAUCUAAUAAACCAAUAAAUAAUAUAUUUAUUUUCGAGUCUCCUCACACAACACUUCCUCUUCCAAUAAUAAAAUAAAAAAUAGGCAGCCAAGCAUAAAUAUUAAAUUUAAACAAUUCUCGUGUUGCGCCUGCCAGUCAAGUGUAUUUGUGUGUGUGUGUGCGCGUGCAUGUCUCUGUAUGUGUGUGUGAAUCGAGCUAUACAGCGAGCAACAACAACUACAGCAGCAACAAUACGGCAACGUCAACAACACGCAAUUGCUGUGAGCGCGACGGAGACAGCAACAGCGUGAGUCAUAAAAGUGAAAUGAAAAUGCGGAUAAAGAGAGAAGCGCCGUGUCUUCUGUUAUUUAUGCCAAUCCCAAAUAACAAUAAUAACAACAACAACAACAAUCGCAUUGGUGCUAAUCACAAGGACUAUCCUAACAACAAGCGCUCCAGGGAGAAUCUGGCAUGUGACGAGCAGCUGACAACGGCGACGGCGUCAACUAUGAAUGGUGGCAGCAGCAAUGGCGGCGGUGGCCGAACGCCGCCGCUCAUGCGCAGCUGCUCCAGUCCGGCGGUAUACGAUAUCGAAACACAUCCUGCUUCGCCAGUAUUUCCACAUCUGCUGCUGGGCAAUGGCCGCGAUGCAAACGAUCCCAGCAGCGUGGGCGCCAAUUGUGUCCUCAAUGUUACCUGCCAGAGUCCCAGCGAGGGUCACCUGCAGGGUCUCAAGUAUAUGCAAAUACCUGCCAGCGAUACACCCCAUCAAAAUAUCAAACAAUAUUUUCAGGAGGCAUUCGAUUUCAUUGAGGAUGCACGCAAAACUGGUUCCCGCGUCUUGUUGCAUUGUCACGCCGGGAUCUCUCGCAGCGCCACCAUCGCCAUUGCCUACGUCAUGCGCUACAAGUCGCUGUCGCUGCUGGAGGCCUACAAGCUGGUGAAAGUGGCCCGACCCAUCAUCUCGCCCAAUCUCAACUUUAUGGGCCAACUGCUCGAGCUGGAGCAGAGUUUGCGCAAGAGCGGCGUGCUCGCUCCCGCCCCCGCACCCGUCUCACCCGCCAGCCACGCCCCCCACACAACAGUAACUGCUACAACAACAGGAGCAGGAGCAACAACUAGUCAACUGGUGGAGCAACCCGAACAGGAGGCAGCUGAAUCGUUGCCACGUGCCCCAGUCGUGUCGCAUUGCAAAUCCAAAUCGGACAGCGAGGCCAUGGACGAGGAUGAGUACGACGAUUACGAUGAUGUCGAUAGCGGGGCUGGCAGCUUUGCCGGCAGCAAUUGCUCCUCACGCCUCACCUCGCCACCCAUCACGCCCGACGAGACGCCCUGCACAUCUUCGGCGGCUGCCGCGCCAGUCGCGGAUCUGGAUUCGCCGUGCUCCAACAGCAGCAGCGGCGUAUACUCGCUCUCCAGAUCGCGCAUCUUUUGCUCAGGCAGCAGCAGCAAUAACAGUUAUGAAGUCGCUUCAAGCACAAAUAAUGCACCGGCACCUUCUACACCUGCAUUGCUGUCGCCAACAAGGCCGCUGGCGGUGUUUAAGCGCAAUUCACCCGCCAAGCUGAGGCUCAAUCUGGACUCAAACUAUCCGCCAAUCAUACCAAAAUCCGUAUCCUGCAUAUCCAUACGCAGUCCGCUGCCGAGCGAUGCGCCAGCCACGCCCAUUUGCGAGACGUUGCCCCCCACAACAGCAACGGGGACGUCAAUGGAUGAGCAGCUGGGAUUGGCCACAUCGAGUGGGAGUGAUUGAUGCACAUGGAGCAGGAGGAGGCGGCGACGACGACGACGGCACAGGCGGGGAAAGAAGCGUUGUCCGCCGUAAUGCUGUGAAUAAGAAACUAAACAUAAAAUUGCUGUUGCAAAUUUGUAUUUUUAUAUGAUUGAGAAUGAUGGUUGAUUGAUUGAUUGAUUGAAUGGACAUUGUCAAUUUUGUACCUAAAAACGCAGACAGCAGCAUCAAGAUUGGGGCAACAAAACAAAACAUAACAAACAACAGAAAUGAGCAUAAACAGAAUAUUUAGUCUAAUUUGUAAUCUUAAAUAUCUUUUGUAAUGUAUUUUAGACCCCCAAAAACAAAACUACUAAAAAAAUUAUACAAAAAAAUGAAAAUAUACAAAAUGAUUAGAAAUGAUAUGGGAAAACAAAAAAUGAUGACAAAAAAUGUAACCACAAAGUUUAAUGCCGAUCUGGCGCGAUCUUGUGCUACUAUUAUUAUAAAUUGUUUAAACACACCUCGUAAUGUUUAAUUUAGUAUAAUUUUGUCGUGCAUAGUCAGUAAGCCAAUCUUAACUAUCCUGUAUAAAAGUAUAUACAACAAAUAAUCAUUACAAUGAAAUUUUUGAAUGAAACCGCAGCACUGCAAAAGAUUUCUGCAACCUUGCCACACAGAACGAAACCCCCUCACAUAAAAAAAAAAUCCAAAACCGAUUACUGUAUAUCAAAACUGUUCUAAGUUUUAUGAAAAGAAAACAAUUACUACCUGUACCCCAGCCAUCUACGCACACACACACUCACACUUUACAAACUAUUAUACUAUAUAUUGUAUGUAUGUAUUUAAAUUUCUUGAAGUGAGCAAGCAACAAUAUUGUUUGGUUUUGUGUUUGUGUUUUUCUAGUUUUAGUUAUUUAUAAAAACAGUUGCGAAAGAGAGAGCGAGAGAACGAGAGUUGAAUGCAAUCCGAUUCAUUUGGUUUUAGUCCUUAAGUCUUUUAAGUUAAGGUUAUAGAUGUGCGUUAAGUAAAAAGAAACAACAUAAAAAACGUAACCAAA